UAAAGCUGCUUAAGGCGGCUUUUUAAAAAUCCCAAUUUAUGUUGGGUUAUAUUUUAUUUCCCCAAUAGAUGGCAAUGUGUUUUUUGGUGUUGUCUUCGGCUGUUGGUCUUUUUAGUAUUAAAUUACUUUCUACUUAAUUAAAUACAAUAUUAUAACACAAACAACGCAUAAAAUUACAUCAAAAAUUUAUUAAAAAGUAAAUGCAUCGUAGCUUUUCAAUCAAAAAAAUUAAAUCCUAACCUCUAGAAAUUUUAUCGCGAAAAUUAUCUAAAAUUGUUAGAAAUUAUGGAGCAAAAGAUUAAUUUAUGUGGAGAGCAAUACAAUUUAAAAUGGAAUAGCUUUACCAAAAACUUAAUUGAAGUUAUACAAGAAAAACAAAUAUGUGAAGCUUUGACCGAUGUUUCUAUUUAUUGCGAGGGCCAAAUUGUGAAAGCCCACAAAAUUAUUUUGGCUGCUUCCAGUAGUAUAUUUGAGGAUAUGUUUAAGUUUAAUAUAGAAAAACAUCCUUACAUUAUAUUUAAUGGAGUGACCUUAAAAAAUUUAAAGUAUAUCAUAGAGUUUAUUUAUAAUGGAGAAAUUAAAGUUUUGGAUUGUGACCUACAAGAUGUUUUGAGCUUGGGUGAAACAUUGCAAAUAAAAGGCUUGAGCUCAGUUAAGGUUAAGGAAAAUCCAAAUAAUAACACGGAUGUUUCUACAAGUAAUGCUCAUAGUAAAAAUAAGUUUUCUAAAAAUGCUCGUAAAUCAACUAUCCAUAGUGCUAAAGAUGCACUACCACCAGAAGUGCCUAGCGUAAGUGCUGCGGCACAAUUGAAAUAUGUUGAAAAUAAUUAUUUCCAAGAGAUUGCAGAAGGCGUAGUUAAAUGGCAAAAAGUUGACAAAAAUAUUAAGGAGUUUGGCAAGGAUUCCAUUAUUAAUCUUAAUGAGAAUAUACCUCCUAAAAAAAGAAAAAUUGUAGAAGAAAAUAUUGAAAAACCUCAGGAUUUGAGUAGCCAAGUAAAACUUUCACCUGUUGUUAUAAAACAAAAGAGUCCAGAAACUUUAAGUACAAAAUCCAACACAUCUUAUAAUGAUGUGUCUCCCCCAAAAAUUGAAAAACCUUUUUCAAAAGCUAUAAAAGUAGAACAAACAGAUCUAAAUAAAACACCAGUUAAUUUGGUUAAAAAUAAACCUCAAAAAGAUGUGCCACAGCCGCCAAAAAAUGCAUUUAUGAUAUUCACCAAUAAACAAAGAGAUAAGAUUGCUGCUGAAAAUCCAAAUAAAUCUUAUAAAGAUAUAUCAAUAAUGUUGGGUGAUAUGUGGAAAUCUUUACCAGAAUACGAAAAACAAAUUUAUUAUUCUCAAGCAGAUGGAAUGCCCAGUAAAUCAAAAUUUUCAAACCAUUACUAUAGCCCCAAAGAACAUAGAAAACUAAAAACUAUAGAAAAAAUGUCAACUACUACAGGUUGUGUGGAGAUUGAAAUUCCUGAUGACGAUCCUGUAGAAACAAUAGAUGUUACAGGAGAUACAGUAAACACUAUUCAAAUUGCUCCAGAUUUUUUUUCUUAGUUGUUUAGUUAAUUAAUCCUUGAAUAUUAACUUAUUUAUUGUACAAAUUACGUUUAUAUGAAAUAAUAUAGUUUUUUUGUGUUAAACUUACGAAAUAAAACGAUUUUUCCAUCUGA